AUGGCGCUUAGAUACGCAGCUGUUGGCCUCGGCCAGGCGGCUCUUAGCCUGGCCGCGUGCUCGGGGACUGCGCAGAUCCCACGAGAGACUUGGAAGGCUGCGCUUUCGCUGUCGAGGAGCGCGGAGCAGUUGCAGUUCAGUGCCGGCACCUGGUCCGAGUGGAGCAAGGCUUGGCGACCCCUGGCCAUGGAGGUGGUAAGCGACUUUGAUGGUAGUAUGGCAGAUUGCCCGGAGGGCUCGGUGGCGGCUUUAGCGCACGGGCUCCUUGCGGUGGACGAGGUCGAUGGCCAUUUCUCUGUGCUCGAGAUCAUCAAGAUGAUGCAUCACAAGCUCAGUGACCUCCAGCUUCCAGCAUUUCCCCUAGAGCCCGCCGAAUGGCAGCAGCACUGGCUGAUGGUGGUGUCUUCCAUGUUGCGGUUCAUGUAUCUCAAGUGGGUGAACAUGCCCCACGACAAUGACUUCGCAGACGGGAACCAGGAAGACUCCUUGAGUCCCGCAGUCCUCCGGCCGCAUCACGACUUCCUGUUCAGGAACUUCGUGGACAAGUUCGUGGCCAGUGGCUCUGCUGCCGUCGUCGGGAUCGUCGGCGGUGGCAUGGCCGGAGUCGCUGCUGCGCGGGUCUUAAGCAGUACAGGAGUCUCGGUGCGUCUCUACGAGCGCGAGGCUGCUUUGGGUGGGCGCCUGGGUGCCGCACGUUUGGGCGAGCACUGGGUUGGCCUCGGUGCGACCUACGUCAAGGCCAAGGACCCACUCUUCAAGGCAGAGAUGGCAAAGUGGGAAGAGCUGGGUCUGGCUUCUGAGUGGAUGGUAGGCACGCCGCACUUCAUUGAAGCUCCCGGAGGCUUCAGCGAGAAGCCGGAGCUGAAAGCCCCUACGGACCGAUGGCACGUGGGUCGGCCCAGCAUGGAAAGCCUGGUGGAGCUCUCUCCCGAGGAGCUGAAGCACAUCACUCGCUGUGGCGAAGUAGCUUCCGUCAGCUGGGAGGAGGAGCUCGAAGCGUGGUUGCUGAACGGAAGCGAUUCCGUUUCGGCGCUGAUCCUGGCCCUGCCGUUGGCCCCGCUGCGAUCCCUACUGCCGGUGGGGACGAUCGAAGGGCUGGUGCCGGCAGACCUACUGGAGAAGGACUUCGAAAAGGCGCGGGUCGCUGCCGCAUGGGUCUUCGCAGCACCAUUGGAGCUUCCGUUCAGGAUAGCUUUCGUCAAAGACUCUCCCAUCUCGCUCGUCCUCAAUGACUCCUCACGCCUUGAACAAGGCAGUGAGAAGGCCGAGGUGUGGGUGGUGCAGACCACGACAGAGUGGGCAGCUCAAUACAUCAAGGAUGCGAUGCCCGAGGCAGAGGUUUGUGCGGUGUUGCUCCGUGAAUUUUCUCGAGUUCUUGGGAAAGAUCUACCUGCAGUGCAGCAGCAAAAGGCCUUGACCUGGGUCUACGGUGACAUGGACUACAAGCUUCUCGAGGGCCAUGCAUGGGAUGCGAAGAGGCGCCUGGCCUUGGCCGGGGACUGGUGCUACAACGGACGCGUCGAGGGAGCCUGGCUGAGCGGACACCAUGCGGCGAACAAAGUGUUGCAGGUAUAUGACCUGAGCAUCACAGAGAACACCGUUCUCUAUUCCGAGGCCUUUGCCUUCCUGGCGUUCUGCCACCUGCAUCAGGUCGAUUUCAUUGCAGAGUCCGGAGUUUACAAGGGCGUUUCCACAGAGAUCUGGAGCCUUUUCGCCAAGGAGGUGGCGGCUGUUGAUAUCUUCUUGACGCCAGAGGCUGAAGAGCGACUUCAGCGACGAAGCAACGUGGAGCUCCACACAGGAGAUGGCCGGAAGCUGCUGCCCGAGCUCCUCAGCAGACCAGGCCGCAGGGCGGCAGUCUUCAUUGAUGGGCCCAAAGGGGAGCUUGCCAUCCACCUGGCGCUGAGUUUGAUCAAGCUACCACAGGUUGCCUUCGUGGCCAUGCAUGACAUGGAGCCGUACAAGCGGCGCCUCCGCGAGCUGGGGGCUUUCUUCUUCUCAGAUGAACCCUGGUUCAAGGAGGCGUAUGGGCACCUCGACGAACCCUUCCGGAGACGUCCGGACCUGCUUGCUGGUGGCACCAUGGCUUUCAUCACAACU